UGUAACAUGACUGACUGACUGUCUGUGAUAUGACUGAUUGUUUCAUGAGAUGACUGAUUGAUGAAGUGAUAAUGUCAUUUAAGCAUGUAAUGACUGAUAAAUGUGAAAUGAUUGAAUGUGAUGACUGAUGGAUGAAUUGUAAUGAUUGUUACUGAAAAUUCUAUAAUUAUGUAAAUGUUCUAUGCUAUUGAAUAAUGAAUAUAAUAAUUUAUGUACAAGUUUAUUGUGACAGAAAAUGCACAAUUGCUACUGAAAUUUUAUAAUAUGUUUAAUUGUGUAACAAAUUGUGACUGGAAAUUAAAAUGCAUGAUUAAGAUUUUUACUGAAAAUGCAUAAAGAAUUAUUACUGAAAUCAGGUUUUUCAUUGCGAGGUUAACUUACUUUAUUUUAAUAUUAAAGUUAAAGUUGAAUUUACUGAAAAUUAUUCUUGUAAUUGAGAAUGUACAUGUAUAAUAUCAGAUGACACGAUUGCUUAAUAUUUUUUUCCUUAAAUGAUCACGUGUAACAUAAUUAUUUACCUUUUAAUAAUUUCUUGCAAAAUUGAAUAAAAAAUGUUUUUUCUACCGAUUCCAUAAAAUCUUUACAUUGUCUGUAGGCCAGUGUAUUUAGUAUCUGUGUAAGCAAUGUAAGUUUUUUGUUUAGUUUUAUAAGUAUGAUUAAGUAUUUAUUUCCCUUCUGAAUUGCUGAAUUCUGUCGAUAAGUAACGGUUGGAGAAAACAUGAAAUAUUUAUCUUGGUUUUUUUUUUGAAUAACAGCAAAGGAUAGCAGCCACAAUUGAUUUUUGUUGGGCUUUCUUUUGUUGACAUUUUUCAUAAAAAGUGAAAUAUUGGUAUUCGUUUCUCCAUUAACAGGGCACGAUAAAAGCUCUUUCACGUUUAAAUUUAUUUUUCUUAUUGUUCGAUAUUGGUUAUUUACUCAUAUACCAUGGUGAAUUCGAUAUCUCUACCAUUAAAUACACAGAAAUGGGAAUUUUCUGUUGUAGCUUUAUUUAAAGUAGAAAAAAUUGGAAGUUUUACCAAUAUAUAUUGUCCUGUACCACAGGUAUUGAGAAUUUUAAGUGCAUACGUAAUGAGGUGUCCUUUAAACGUAUGAAGAACUGGGGAUUGAUUUCUGUUAAUAUUAUUGUUCAUGCCCGUUUUGCUGGGACGCAUCGUUAUAGCAACGGGGUAUUAUUUAUGCAUGCUUUUCAUGGAACCUGAUCAGAGUUGCCAUGACGACGCCAAAUUUCUCCAGGUAUAGGUGAAUUCAUCCCAUACAUCUUUCCAUUUACUAUGUCUCCAACUUUCAUGGGACAGUAUUAGAAAAUACUAGCAAUGAUGUGUUUUUGUUGUUGUUUUUAGCUAAGGAGCUGACUGUUGCUUUUGAAAAAUUUAUACUUUGCAAUAUUGAUAAAGUUUUGAAAACUUUUUUUCUUCAAUUUACUGUGAUCAAAGGGAUUUUAUAAAAUAAGAAGGUGGCUUUCUGCAAUUACUCUGGCAUGAUGUCAAAUUGAAUGAAAAGUAUCUGUGGAAGAAUCGACCCCUGUAGUACACCAAGUGGAACAAGAAACUUUGGAACAACUCACUUGACUUGUUUCAAUAUGGCUCAUUAGAUAAACAUUAAAUAACGGGCAGAAGUUGCAAUAGAGCACUUAACAUUGUGCUAGUUUUGCAGUUUCUUAAAUUAAUUUUAAAAGCUAAUGGAAAGGUCAUUUUCGUCAUAAUACAGUCAAACUUAAUCUGAAACUUGGAGAAAAAUGGCACUUACCAGUGGAAGAAAACUUUGCAAGCUUGAUGCAAUUUGUGCCAAGUUGAAGCAGAUAAGUAACAAAGAACAAACAAAGCCGAUUGAAGAAAAUGGUAUUGAUGGCAUAGUUAAAGAAAAAGAAGAAUCAAUUGUUGAGUCACCAACAAAUUUGUCUGUGAAAUGCUCUAAUAAUAAUAUAAUUGGAAAAGCUGAUUUAAAUUCCUUAGAGAAUGAAGAUUCUGAAAGUAAUGGUUUAGAUCUAAGUAAGAAGGCCAGGAUUGAUCCACCUCUUGAAAAGAGUAAUGAAAAUGGGGUUCUGUCUGAAGAAGUGGAAAAUGAUCAUGGAGCAGCUAAUACUGCUACUGCUAAUGUUGUAGAUGACAGUAAUGCUGGAGAUUUUAAAUCUGUUAUUACUGAUAAAGCAAAGCCUCUUGUAGGAUCUGGUCGCAGGAAAAGGGCCAUUCCAAGAAGUAUAUCUCAAGUAAGGGACUUUUACGAUCAUGUUGACAGUAAAGAUGAAUUAGCAGAUUAUAAAAUUAAUAACCAAAAUACAGAUUUUCCACCUGAGGAUAUAUAUGAGAGUGAGAAAGACACUAGUGGUUCUGGUAGGGAUUCACUCUCUUGUUCUAAUGACUUUAGCCAUGAGGCAACAGAUUUGUCUAUGUCAAAUAAUUCCAAAGUUUUGGGUCAUUCCGGUGAAUCUUUCAAAUCAAGACAUUCUUCUGAAUUUGAGAAUGGCAUAAACUUAUCAACACCCCUUGAUCUCAGUAUGAGUCGCAGUAAAGAUGAUGAUGAUUCUAUUAACGGAUAUUUAUCAAGUGACGAAGAUGAUGUUGGUGGUGAUGAUGACGACGAUGAUGAUGAUUUUUUCCAUCCAGAUAGAAAUCUAGUCAUUGAUGAGGAUAAAAAAGCCAGUCAGUGUUCAGCACCUAACUCUGCUAGUGCGAGUCAAAGGAACGCUGGUAGCGAGCAAGCUGCCCACCUUAAGGAUUAUGCUGAGAACACUAUGAAUGAACUGAUCUCUAUGUAUGGGUUUGGAGGCUCAGCCGGUCGCGAUGCCUCCAAACAGUUGCCGAUGAUGAACUUCGGUGCGAUUCUCCAGCAACAAGGUGGCGAACAAUUGUCACCGGGGGCAUCACGGUCAUCAGUAUUUACAAGUUACAGUAACCAACCAAUGAGCAGUGGAGAUGAGGAGUCACGUGACAGCUCUAUAGCAACAAUGAAAGGCAUCUACUCUAACUAUGUGAACUCAAGUUCAGCUUCAUCCAGCAAGAUACAAGGAAAUGGUAAAGUUCAGAACGAUAGAUUUACGACCAGUUCAUCUUUUAUUAAUGCUGUGUACAACUCGAACUCCGGUCAGACUACCCCUAGUCAACUCUCGCCAGGUCUACCCAACUACUCCAAGUAUCUGAAGAGAUAUAACAAUGGUAACGAGUGUGGCGGCCAGCACUGUAACGACCUCGGGUACCGUGAACACUAUCAUUGCAUUGACUGCAGCUUCCAGGUGUUCAUUAAGAAAGAGGAGAUGGUGCGGCACUACAAGUGGCACAGGAAGCGCGAGGAGUCCCUCCAGCAUGGAUUCCUCAGGUUCAGUCCUCUGGACAACUGUACCAAGAGGUUUGGCAACUGUACACAUAACGGGAAACAGACUCACUAUCAUUGUCUACAGAAUGGCUGUGAUAAGGUGUAUAUAAGUACAUCAGAUGUACAGAUGCAUGCCAACUAUCACCGUAAAGAUUCUGCUAUAAUGUCAGAGGGGUUCCAAAGAUUCCGAGCCACCGAGGAUUGUGGGACAAUGUCUUGCAGCUUUUACGGGCAGAGGACAACACAUUUUCACUGCCUGCGACCUGACUGUAAAUUCACCUUCAAGAAUAAAGCAGAUAUGGAGAAACAUAAGAGUUACCAUCAGAAGGACGAGGUGUUAGGACGUGAUGGUUUUAAGAAGUUUAUGAAGUACGAGCACUGUAUGUUCACUAGAUGUCGUUACUCUAAAGUUAGCAAUCAUAUACACUGUAUUAGAUCAGGUUGUGACUAUGUGUUACACUCCACUGCACAACUUUAUUCACACAAGCGUAAACAUGAGAGGCGGGAUUUCGAGAACGCGUAUAAAAAGUACCGUGAUAAUCACCAACCUGCCCCGCAAACUGCUAAUAAGCUUCUCUUACCUCGUGCUGACUUCGGAACAAUUCAACAGCUUGCGUCUCUCAGUGGUAGCCCAGUGAUUCAAACCCUUGCCAGUGUUGCCAACAUGCCAUCAGGCUUGAAGAGACAAAUGGACUGGGACCAUCAGGAACCGCUGGAACUGAAGAAACCGAAAAUUGAACCUGGUUCAGAUGUCGACGUCUCGGCACCAUCAACGCCUAGUGCACGAUCAACUCCUGUAGAGAAGUUUACAAUUAAAACCGAGCCUGAUGAACAAGCUAUGGAUACAGAGUCGUUACACAGUCUAAAUGACUCUGUUGAUUUAUCGCCAGAAACAAAAUCACAGUUAAGUCAAAUGUACAAAGAUGGGAAAAGCCUCAAUCUGAGUGGAUCGUUAACUUUGCCUAUCCCAAUGUUUGCUGGGAAGAAGGAAUCUAAAAGUUCCGAGUCUCCUGUUGUAUCGCCUAGUGCUAAUGUGGCACUGAAGCCAGUCAAUAAUCUCGGGAAAGGCGAGUCGAUGUUCUCAGCAACAAGCAGCCUAGGGAGUGCCAUGCCGAGCACGCUGGGUGGUUCACUAGUCUCAAUGAAUCCAGGGGCCUUGCUGACCGUACCCACAACCUUUCCGGGACCCUCUACAGUACUACAACCUCCUAAAUCAGUGUACACAGAGAGAAGGGAGAAAGAUGAUUCCUGGAAGACAUAUCUUGUUAGGUAUACGGCUAAUGACCCAUGCAACCCACGGUGUCAGUAUUUGUAUAAAGAUCACUACCACUGUAAGAUGGACGGAUGUUUGGUCCUGUUUAAAUCCAAGGAUGGAGUUCGUGAACAUGCUAGAUUUCAUGAGCUGCAAGACCGAAUUACUCCUAUAGCGUACCAGACGUAUGAAGAUGAUGAGGCGUGUCCACAUGAGUGUCAGUACAGUGAGAAGGAGAAACACUAUCAUUGUAUCUGGACUGGAUGUAACCAUGUUGUUCCAUAUGUAGGACCCACAUUUGGUCGACUAGAGCACUACCGUAUACAUGAGUACGCCAGGGCAGCUGCAGGUAAAUCGUACAACCGUAGCGGUAAAGGACUGCCGACCUUUGAAGAUAACAGUAUGAGACGAAGAGGAAGACCGCCAAAAUAUCCAAAAAUAGAACUGCCGAAAAUACCAAAAGUAGAACUGACUGAUGAAGAAAUUCAGCAGUCACAUUCCGUGGCAACCGAUUCAAAUGUAAACAGUCAAACAAAAGUUAUCAACGGUUUUCGAAUAUUCUCACCAGAAGAUCCUUGCCCGGAUGAACGUUGUAAUUUCAUUGGUAAACUUCAUUACCAUUGUGCUCGGCCAAGGUGUUUUACUAUUACAGAUAGAAUUGAUGUUCUAAACCUUCAUGCUAAAGAUUUCCACAGUUUUGUGAAGAUUCUGGAAGGCUAUGAGUUCUUCGAUCGUAACGUUAGCUGUCGUAGAAUUCACUGCCCAAACAACCAGACCAAUCGUCACUUCCACUGCACAAGGCAGAAAUGUGAUUAUUCGUUUAUCAGACACAGUACAAUGGCUCAGCAUGAGAAGAAACAUCAAUAUUCCGGUGGUAAUUCCGGUACCCCAGUUACUCCGUUAUCACCAAAAGAAGUUCCGAUCUCACCCAAAACAUUCAGAGAUAUUCCAUUAUCACCAAUAUUACCAAAUUCAGCUGUAAGUCAAACUUCUCAUCUUGGUGCGGCAACUUCAGUUAUAACGUCUGCAGCGGCAUUUCUUCAGAUGAAGCCGGCACAAAAUACCGGUAUACCAGUCUUCAUAUCUCAGUCUGGGAAUAUAACCAGUCUGUCUCAGGGACCAGUCAUUGUAUCACAACAACCCGUAGGAAUUCAAGAUCUCUCUCUUACCGGAACUCAGGUAGCUUUUAAACAGGCACCAAUCAAUGUUGCAACAGUCCCAAUACCGAUAAGUACAGUUCAGGCUUUACCUGCAUCUGUUACAGCAACUCAGCUCGUGCAGGGUUUACCUGCCCCUCUUGUCACAGUAGGUGGCGCUCCUAUAGCUAUUAGUCAGUUAGAUAGUACCAAUACCAGCACCUCCAGUGUUCCACUUACAGUGCUACUUCAGAGGGGUGUCAAUCAAAUUCCACAGCCGAGUUGGAAUGAACUGAGAAACAAAAUGCAUUACGCAAUUUCGCAAAAUUGUGGACGUCCGUUUUGUAAAUUAAAGAAGAAAGAUCAUUACCAUUGCUUCGAUUGUAAUCAAGCAUUUUCUGAUCCAGCACGAUUGCGGUCCCACAUUGGAAAACAUGGUGUGAAAAUUCCACGCGCGGAUCAAGGAAGUUCUGUUAUCAAGCAUGCCAGUCAGAUCUCGUCUCCUCCAAGUGUUCCAAUAUUACCAAAAAUAGAGAACCAUAUUGAAAAUCCUGAGAACAGUCUCGAUCCAGAUGAAGCUCAUUGUCUGGCUGAAAGUGGCGAUAUAGGUGAGAAUGACAGCGAUACUGAAGAUCCAAAAUCCUCAUCUCUAAACUUAAACCCUUCUACCUUCUCGGAAAUGAUCUCAAAGGCACAAGAGCAAAAUAAAAUAUCAACAGAUGGUGAAAGUGAUGAUGAUGAUGAUACUGAUAAUGCUUUACAUAUAGACACAAGUGCUGACUUAGACUAUACCGGUAACCAGUCGGAUAGUAAUGAACAAAAAAUUGAUGUUUCAAGUCGAUCUGGACGUAAAAUAUUUAAAACAAAAAAAGAUGAUUAUAUGAAUAGUGGGGAUAUCAAUUUAAGUAAGCAGAGACAAGCUUCGCCACAGAAAAAUCAUUCCAAACAUACUACGGUGAAGAGCCCAACUUCAAGUGCUAAUAAGGUUAUUGGCACCGGAACAAGAGGUCUUCGAGAUGAUUCUAUACCAGACGGUUAUUCCCGAUGGCGUUACAAUGAAGAAUGUAAAUAUCCUAAAUGUGCGUAUCGUCACAGUGUCACUCAUUUUCACUGUAUACGUGAUGACUGCGGAUACGGUUUUAGUGACCGAUCACGUCUUGUGCAGCAUACGCUACGUCACGAACGAAUCGACAGUAUAACCGGAGGCGAACUUCAACAGUACCGAAUAAAUCAAGACUGUGGAUCAGACGAGUGUGAAUACAACAAGAAAAUGUCACAUUUUCAUUGUAAACGAUGCUCGUAUGUGUGUACCGAUUCCAGUAAGGUGUUGACACAUAGAAAAUAUCACGCGAAAAUGGAUAAUAUUUCAAAUCAGGGUUUUGAGAAAUAUACUGCUGCUGAUGACUGUAGUGUAAGUCUGUGUCCUUACGCGAGAAAACAAAAUCAUUUUCAUUGCUUAGUUGAGACUUGUCGGGCCGCGGCUCUUGGUCCAGUUCAGAUGACCUCUCAUAAAGCAAAACAUACAAGUAGAGAUAACUGAUUUUAGUUAAAGAUUAAAUGAGCCACAUCUUGACAAAACCAACAUAGUGCAUUUGCGAC